AUGUAUUCGGAGCGACCUCUGGCGAAGGACCACGAUCCUUCAGACUCACUAGACACGGAGAGUCUCUUGAGCGACGAGCAAUCGCAAGAGAAGCUCCUCCAUUCUUUGCCAUCUCCCACAUCAAAGCGAAACAAGCGACUAAAAACGUAUCUCCACCUUGCCGCCGUUGUCUUUUACAGCGUCCUCACCGUCACACUAUACGCAUGGAGCGUAAGGAUAAACGCGAAGAAAUGCGAGUGUGAGAAUGCUGCGGUCUAUUCUCCCGCGAAAGCGGCCAUAAAAUACGAGAAACAAAUGAUUGUCCACAACCUUGCAGACAAUGGCAAAUAUAGAGGCCCACCACGGCCAGAGCAGGACGCGGCAUGGGAGGACCUUUUGAGAUACAACAAUCUCCGCGUCCAGAAGGAAGACCUCGACAAAGCAAACGCCACCUCCGUGCCCCUGAAUGACGACCAGGGCGGCUACCUCGCGACCCUCGACGUCUUCCACACGCUGCACUGCGUGAACAAGAUUCGCAAGUCCUACUACUCCGACUACUACCACGACCCGAACCCCCUCGCAGACCAGCAGGAGCACUUUGAUCACUGCAUCGAUCUGCUCCGCCAGGUUGUCAUGUGCCACGGAGACGUGUCUCUGCAUACGUAUCAGUGGAAGGAGGACUAUAGAUGGCCGUGGCCGAGCAUGCAGACGGAGCAUCAGUGCCGGAAUUGGGACAGGUUGAUGGAUUGGUCGAAGGAGCAUUAUAUCCCGAGCCUGACGGGUCCGAUACUGUCACAUCCAAAGUUGGGGCAGUGA